GACUGUUAUGCUGUCUCCAUAUUGCCCCUAAGAAUAGUUCGCAUCAGCAACAGCAAAGGGUCAUCCACCCCAUGUAUAAAAACCUGCCCUUUGUACCCUGAUCUAAUGCCAAUCACGCGCCAUCUACCGACAGGAAAGAGUUUCCCCGGUUGCCGGAUAGUAGUCUUGACUGACCCGCCUCCUAUCAUGAUCGAGCAUACCCAAAUGGCUAGCCGGCAGAACCGGGAAAAUGACACAUAUUAUUUCGCCAGACCGACACUGCCUCAGCAUGGGUACAAGGACUAUAUCAAACCAGCUUUGGUCACACAGAUGCAACGUUUUGGAAAGCAAGGGUCCCUAGAAAUGAUAGUUGAUGUUCUAUCGGUUAACUCAUUUACGGCACGCCUUAUCAAAGAGGUUCGGGAAUUUAUCAGAGAUAGAAAGUUUCGGCCUGCAUUCGUUCUUAUGCACGAGAAUUUCCCCAGGGAUCCGACCUCUGAUUCAGGCACAAGACAGUCAGAAACAAGACUCGCGGCCGCUGCAAUUGUGCACCAAGAGAAUAGUGGUUCAACAGAUGGCUGUAUUGGAAAUGUGUGGGCUUUCAACCUCUCGUCCAGCUUGUUCGAGAGGCCAGACGGAACAUUGCCGAAAGCUUUCAUCUCAUCGCCAUUGACACGCACAAAGUUCUUGCUCGACUGGGGAGAGGUUGUCUAAAAUUGAUUUCGACAGACAACAUCAUCAGUCCCUCCUCCGUAAGCCAGAAUAGUCAGGCUGGACUGACAAUGUUGAAGAGCAACAGCCCCAAUGAAUACGAAAGUACAAUCAUUUUCACAGCUGUAUGGGUAGCUUACGUGGAGGGUUGGCUUUCUGCGAAACCAGGAG